UUUUAUGGGUAACCACUUGCAUCUCUAGUGCUUCCUUUUAUGUCUCCAUUAAUGGUGAACUGUGUGGAUUUUUUAAACCCCAUGUUCACACACCACUAGAGAUGCAAAAUUCUAAAUAUUUCUCACCUUUCAUCUCCAAACAAAACCUACUCUCUCAAACACACAAUCCAAUCCAUUACCCCCACCAAACCCUGAUGUCCAUUGGCACAAGCUUGUACGGUUUAGCCAAUCUAUUUCUAAAAACACUUUCUGUCAUUGACUAGCUAUACAAGACUAAAGACGAGCUGAAAACCACAACCAUCAUUUUCAUGAGUGUUGUUAUUCAAACAACCUACCAACCCAAAUAACUGGGGUGAUUUCCAUAUCCAAUUGGAAGCAAAAGUUGGGGAAUAGCAGAAUUCUUACCUGGAAGCAACUAGAAUGGAAGAAUAGAGUCUUUCGAGAAACUUCAAACCAAACCUUGAAAACUCUGAAUACCACCAUUAUUGAUUCCAUCGGACUUAAUUCGGGCUCUUCUCAACUAGAAUGUGCAAUUGCCCUUUCGCCGGAGUCUAUUGCCACCGAUCGGAACCUACCUAGGUCGUUUUUCGACCCAUUGGAGAAGAACAUCUUCUUCUCUUUCGAUCAAUUGCCCUAGGUUUUGCUGGUUUGCUGGUUGGUGCCCUAGGUUCCUGUCCGAUGGCAUUGCUGCCUCGCAUGACUGCCGUUUGUGUGUAGUCAGGUGUUUGCGAAUUGGGCUUGGGCUUGUUUUUCUUUUCGGUUCUUUGUUUUUGCCCUAUUAGGCCUUUGGUAUUACAUUAAUCUCUCCUACUCUCUCCUCUCUUUUCCUUUCAUUGAGUCUAUUUCUAUCCCUCCAAAACUCUCCAUCACCUUUUCUUUCCUUCCAACUUUCAAUACCUAACAUGUUUUUUUAUCACUCCCCGUAACCUUUCUUUUCGUUUCCUCCCAUUUCCACUCUACCCAACUGAGCCUAAACCCCACCGCCUUCUCGAUCUUCGUUCUACUUUCUCUCUCUAGAAAAUGCGUGAGAUUCUGCACAUUCAGGGUGGCCAAUGUGGCAACCAGAUCGGGGCAAAGUUCUGGGAGGUGGUUUGCGCCGAGCACGGCAUAGAUUCGACGGGUCGAUACCAAGGUGACACGGAUCUGCAACUGGAGCGGGUCAAAGUGUACUGCAACGAAGUCAGCUGUGGCCGGUUCGUCCCACGCCCCGUCCCUAUGGACCUCGAACCAGGCACCAUGGACAGCGUCCGAUCCGGGACCUACAGCCAGAUCUUCCGACCCGACAACUUCGUGUUCGGGCAGUCCGGUGCCGCCAAUAAUUGGGCCAAAGGUCACUAUACUGAAGGAGCUGAGCUCAUCGAUUCUGUUCUUGAUGUGGUUCGGAAAGAGGCCGAGAAUUGUGACUUCCUUCAAGGGUUUACUUUUGAAAGAGAAGCAAAAACACAAAGUGUGAAAUGAGUGGAAUCGGAAAAAAGAAGAAAUGGAGGAUCUCGUAGUGGAAGUGGGAACAUAUGUUACUCGUGACUAUGAGCUUGCCCGUCUUAGAUAUGACUUCGCCGAAGCAAGAAUCAAGUCUAAAAGACUUAAGGCUGAGCGAGAGGCGUUGUACAACAAAUAGCUUUGGAAGCUAAGGAAAAUGAUGAGGAAGAAGAAGUUCUGCACCUAAGAAUCGCAUUUGAAGUUGCGGAACAUCAUUUUGAAGAUGCUAGGAUGGAAAAUAGUGAAUUAAUUAUUCAUCUUCGUACCGAAAUUCACGAUAUUAUUAUUUUAAUGCAAAAUUUAAAAGACAAUAUAUUUACAAUAAUUGAAAAUGGUAAUAGAAAUAUUGUAUAUAAUUUGAUUUCUGCAUGGGGUGUAUAUUUUAUUUUCAGAGUUUAAAAGUUGGGUUCUACUAUUAGCAGUAUGAUGAAGAGAAAAUUUUACAUUAUCAGAACGUGUAGGUAGAAAUGUAUGGAGUGAUAUGCACGUGGUUGGAGAUAGUGUUAAUGUUGAAAUCUUCCAAAAAGAGAUAAUCGGAUCAGCGUAUGUAUACCAUAAUCUUUCUGCGGUGUUAGAAGACACCAUUCAUGUACCGGGAUACAUACCAUAAUCCUUCUGCGGUGUUAGAAGACAGUAUUCGUGUACCGGGUGUUUGAAGGCGUUAUUCUUGUAAAUUGAUUUAAUAUAGUAUAAAUUUUUCUCUUCA